AUGCCCGAUUUGUCUUCCGCUUCCACAAGUACAACCGAAUUCCUCUCAUCCACAGUUCCUCCAACAAGCUAUCUCCCUCCCAUCAAAUCCUUAUCAUUAUUUACGGGAACACGUAUAUUACACCAAUGCCUUGCAUACUUGCGUCAAAUAUACGUUCCGAAUGUUCGAGGUUCUCGACGGAAAAAAGCAAAAACCCCGACUAAUCUCACCGAGCUCCACUCCCCGAGCUCGUCAUCACCGUUAACGACAAUACGCAAAGACUCGUUUGAGCAUGCCUAUGCUCUCCGAUGGUUAUCUGCUCUUACACGCCUAGAGUCUGACUCUGCAGACUCACCCGAUCUCGCUGAUAUCCAAGAUGAGGCAGCAGCAUUACUGGCGAUUUGUGCUGGGACAGCAUCCGCAGGUACCGUGCGGCGUCACUUUGAAUUUGACAGCGGGAGAAUUCAGAUCACGUUGAGCGAUGUCCCUUUAUCGACCAACGCGUCUAAUGGAGACUAUUUUGGGAGUGUCGGCGCGCAGACGUGGGGUGGGGCUUGUGUGCUGGCAGAAGAAAUUGCGGAUAACACGGUUGUGUUCUUUCCUAAUCCUGUAGAUGUAGAAGAUGUAUCUGAAAGGACUUUCCGCGUCCUGGAACUUGGAGCUGGAACAGGUCUUGUCAGUCUCGUUGCUGGCAAAGCUGCUAUGUUGAAAAUUCCAGAAUGCAAAAUGGAUAUCAUCUCUACGGAUUACUAUCCAUCCGUCCUAGAUAACUUGAAGGCUAACAUAGAGGCCAACUUUCCAGUUCCCAGUCCUUCCUUGACGAUAUCAUCUCAAUUCCUCGAUUGGUCUUCGUUCUCCUCCCCCUCCGAUAUCACUUCCGGUGCGGACACUUCAUCGACCAUCGGCCUAUUCGAUGUCAUAUUCGGUGCCGACAUUAUCUACGAACCUUUACACGCUUCAUGGAUUCGCAAAGUGGUCCAGAACACGCUGCGGAAGCCUUCUUCAUCGGAAAAAGACUGUCCGGACAGGAACAACAACAACAACAACGGACAAGGAGGUGUAUUUCAUCUUGUCAUACCCCUCCGGCCCACGUUCGUUGCUGAAUCGAAUACGAUCGAGCAGGAGUUUAGGUUUGCUGGUCCUGGUUUGGAUAAGGUUAAGAAUGAUUUGGUCAUACUCUCAAGGGAGAUCAUUGUAUGUGAUGCGGAAGAAGAGGAAGAGGACGACAUCGAUCAAUAUUCCGUAUCGGACGAUGUAGGGAACGAAGCCGGAGAAGGUAAUAUUGUACGGUACGCAUACUAUAUCAUUGGAUGGGCUGGCUAG